AGUGAACAUGGCAGGCAUCCUCGCCUGGUUCUGGAAUGAAAGGUUCUGGCUCCCCCACAACGUUACGUGGGCAGAUCUGAAGAGCACAGACGAGGCGACCUUCCCCCAAGCCGAGGACCUGUACCUGGCUCUCCCUCUGGCUUUCUGCAUCUUCAUGGCCCGCCUGGUGUUCGAAAGGUUCAUUGCCAAGCCUUGUGCCUUAGGCCUCAAAAUCCAAGCCAAUGGACCACAGAAAGCUCAGCCAAACGCUAUUCUGGAAAAAGUAUUUACUGCUAUUACAAAGCAUCCAGACGAGAAGCGACUGGAAGGACUGUCCAAACAGCUGGAUUGGGAUGUGUGUACAAUCCAGCGCUGGUUUCGGCAAAGGAGGAACCAAGAGAAGCCCAGCACCCUUACCAAAUUCUGUGAGAGCAUGUGGAAGUUUACAUUUUACCUUUAUACAUUCUCCUAUGGUGCAAGGUUCCUGAAGAAGGCUCCUUGGCUUUGGGACACCAGGCAUUGCUGGUAUAACUAUCCCUACCAGUCUCUAACCUCUGAUCUUCAUUACUAUUACGUUAUGGAGCUGGCGUUCUACUGGUCUUUGAUGUUUUCUCAGUUCACUGAUAUCAAAAGAAAGGACUUUGCCAUCAUGUUUGUACAUCAUCUCGCAACAAUUGCACUGAUGACGUUUUCGUAUGUCAAUAAUAUGGUGCGUAUAGGAACACUUGUCAUGUGUCUUCAUGAUGCAUCUGAUAUCCUGUUAGAGGCAUCUAAAAUGGCAAACUAUGCGAAAUGUCAAAGAUUGUGUGACCUCCUGUUUGUAAUGUUCGGCUUGUUAUUCAUCAGCACAAGGCUGGGUCUUUAUCCAAUAUGGAUAUUAAAUACGACUUUGAUUGAAAGCUGGGAGAUUGUGGGGCCGUAUCCAUCAUGGUGGGUCUUCAACGUCCUCCUGUUGCUGCUUCAGCUGUUACACAGCUUCUGGUCGUAUCUCAUCAUAAGGAUUGCUUGCAGAGCGAUCGCUAAAGGAAAAGCCGGGAAGUGGAACCCAUUACACGUAUCAAAGGACGACAGAAGUGAUAUUGAAUCGAGCUCAGACGAAGAGGAUUCAACACCAGCAACUCCAAAAAGCGGACAUAACAACAACACUAACGGAACCAACGGCACAAAUGGCUAUCUAACCAGCGGUGUCUAUUCAGAGGAAAACUAAUCAAUCAAAUGGGAAAGUACUGUACGAUAUUGCAAAAGCCAUUAGUAAUCUAAUUGUAUGUGAGGCACGAACAAACUUGACAGCUUGAUCCUGGACAUAUUCCACAAAAUGUACUGUUGAAUGCAUUUUCUCAUGUAUUUCAGAAUCAGACGAAGGUUUAUUGGAAGUAUCAAACUAUCUCCGAGAGUGCACUGCCAUUUUUCUGUCUUGAGAACGAAUGACGAUACACAUUAUGUACACGUAUGUAAGCAUGCCGUGUGUGUAUAUGUAGUCUGUCUGACUCAGUAUUUUCAUAUGUACUGUCUUUGUAUACGGCAUUAUUUAUUUUUAUAUGUUUGAGACUCGUGGGAAAAAAAAGGGAAAUUCUCGCUCGGUUACUCCUCCUUCUGGAAGAGUAAAUGUUUUGUGUUCAAUCAUUUAUCCUGUGCACAACUCAAUUUGCUGUGAUCUGUGACUUGCCACAUGCAAUAGAACCACACCUAGCUUGCAAGUACUGUGGUUUAACCAGCAGUAGGUAUAUUUGUGCUUUUUUGUAUUUCCAAUGAUUUACUUUCAGUUUCUCCACGACUAGGAUAUCGUCACCCAAGCCAUCUUGUUCUCAUAGAAAAUCAACAGCCACAGUGAAUGCCUGAAACACAGUGCUACAUCAUACAACAAGACUGCUUUGACUAUGUUUCUGUGGAACAAUUUAAAUUGUCUUUGAAAUCUGCCGCCGAUUCCCGAUAAAUAAAAACCUUCUUUCUGUGUAAACAUCAA